AUGGCGCCUAGUCGCAGGAAAGGGGCUGCCGGCAAAGCAGCUGCUGCGGCCGCCGCACGCCGCCAAUGGAAGGUGGGCGAUCUCGUCCUUGCCAAAGUCAAAGGCUUCCCUGCUUGGCCUGCCACCGUAAGUGAACCGGAGAAGUGGGGCUAUCCGAAUCCAGCUGAUUGGAAGAAAAUACUCGUCUACUUCUUUGGAACCCAACAAAUUUCUUAUGAACUAAAGGAUGUUGGUGAAGGGUUUUUGGGAAGAUACAGGGGAGAAUUUCUUUUACGAUUGUUAAUGGACUGGAAGCUUAAGGUUGAUGGUGGUGUUUUUGUAGAAGCGAAAAUGAUCAGUGGGUUGUAUACCUUUUGCUCUAUGGGGUUCGUCAUAGGAGUGGAGCGAAAGAGAAUUGGAUCUAAUUGUGUUAUUGUUGACCCAAAUGCUGUUCUUAAGAGCUUGAUUAGAAUGCAGUUAAGUAAGACAUCUUUUGUUUGGAUGAAUAUAUUGUUAUACAGAGCCUUCUGCAACCCUGCUGAUGUUGAACCAUUUACUGAAGAGAAGAAACAAACUCUGUUGAUGAAACGUCAGGGGAGGGGUGCAGAUUUUGUUCGUGCAGUGCAGGAGAUCAUUGAUAGUUAUGAGAAGUUACAGAAGCAGGACCGAGUUGAUUUGAACUCUGGCGAUGACCCUACUCAUGCAAAAUGUGGGAAUUCAUUAGAGUCUUCAGCCCACUUUGAGGUGAAGGAUCAAAGAGAAACUUCAGAAGCAACUAUUACAGGUAGAAAUGAUCCAAGUCUUCAAACUGAUGAUUCUUCUGCUGAAGCACAAAUUGGUUCCUUGCAUCACAAAGAUAUGUCAUUGGACAAACCUGCUGAUAAUGUGGUGAUUAGAGAAAAACCUAUAAUCACCACUUACACUUCAAGAAAAAGAUCUGGAGGUUUACGAUCUAGGAAACGCAUCAUGCAGGAUAAGGCACCUUCAAUUGAAAGGUCUAGAAGCUCUUCCCGGUUGGAGUCCAGUAGAUUUCAAAACUUUAUGAUGCCACCAGAUGAUGGUAAUAAGAGUUCAGGAGAUAUGUCAACUGAUUGUAUCCAGGACAGAUCUUUGCGAAGCACUAGGCGAAUCAAGAAAUCACCAGAUGAUUCUGAAUGGGACAAUGCAGAUUCAUCUGCUUUUGUUUCUAAUGGAAGCAUCGAAGAUAAUGGUUCUGAAAUUAUCACAGCUGACUCUGAUUCCUUUAGUUUGAAUGAUGCUAGCACUCUGGAUAGUGGUUGUAGAAUCGAGACCUGUGAAACUGUUGUUCAGUGUUUGGAGGGAGAUGUUGAGUUGAGCAGAGGACUUGAUUUCCAAAUAAAGGCUGUUGUUAUAAAGAAGAAAAGGAAACAAAACAGAAAGCGAGCAACUGAAGAAGUGGCUGAGCCAACAGUCGGACCAGAAACAGAGGCAGAUGUGGAUGUAGGAUUGCAGGAUAAUAACCAAAAUUCACAAUUUGUGUGUGAAAAUAAUAUAACGCAAAUUAAAGAAGAUGGGGAUGAGCACUUGCCACUAGUGAAACGAGCCAGAGUUAGAAUGGGCAAACAAUCAUCUUUGGAGGAGGAAAACAAUAAUUUUACUCAAGGUGAAGAGAGAACGUCAUAUGAAGUUGCCUUCAAUGCAAUGGAGGAAGACAAUAGCUUUUGUCAACCUGAAGAAAGAACCUCUCUUGACAUUGGAGUUAAUUUAUUGGAGCAGCUUAACUCUUCCUCAAAUUGUAAUGGUGAUAUUCCUGCUCAUGGAGAUUCAUUGGUGGUGAGGGAAACUUUUAGUAAUGUCUCACCCUUGAAGAAUUGCUCUCCAAUUCCAGCAGAUAAGUCCCAGCUUUUGAGAGUUAAGGAAAUCCAAUCCUUUUGCUGCUCUGCCGAUGGCGAAGCUGCUUUACCUCCAUCUAAACGUCUCCAUCGUGCUUUGGAAGCCAUGUCAGCAAAUGCUGCUGAAAAAGGUCAAGAUUGUGUUGAAACAUCCCCCGUGAAAACAUUAGUCAUUGGUAGUUCCAUUUCUUCGACGAGGAGUACCUCAGAUAUGGUGACUGUAAGUAAAGAAAGCAAUGGUUCAGAAGAGCAGAGUGUAGAAUCUCCUGGCAAUAUGGUUUCUUUAUUCUCGUCUGGCUCCAAGACAACUUUAGAAGAAUCCAAUAAAUCGUCAUUGGAUGUCAAAAUUUGCAAUGAACCUGAAAGCUUCAAGGGUCAAGAACCUUGCAAAGAUGUCUCUCCAGAGUCUACGGACCAAGGUGGUGGCAAAGAUCUCAGUGGACUAUGUUUUGAAACUGGCAUUUUUUGUACUUCUACUCAAGCUCAAACGCCAGUGCAUUUGAUGCCUAAUCUUGAUAGAAGACAGGCUAGUCUGCUAUCCCAUCGUGGUUCAUUAGGUCAGUUGUUGCUUCUAAAGGAUGAAGGCAAUUCUAAUGACAUUGAAUUAAAAAAUUUUGGGGCUGGAAAUGCUAAUAAAGAACUUCAUACUUCUGAAGAUUCUGGGAUGAGUCCGAAUCUUAUCUCACAGGCUGAUAAUGCUGCUAAAGUGACCUCUCAAAGUGGUGCAAAUCUCAUUCAAUUCAGUGCAGAGGAAGCUGGUUGUGAGGAUUCCGAGACUGUGAGGUCUCAAAUUGAUUAUGACAGCCAAGCUGAUGGCAUGUGUGAAGUGGCAAAAGAUGUAAUCUGUGAUAAGAGACAGCAAGAAGCUAGUCAUGUUUCUCUUUCUGAAUAUCAUUUGGAUGACAAGGAUAGCUUGGCCCAAUCAAGUCCACCUCCAGCUGAUAGAGUAGAAUGUCCUAUGCAAAUAUCUACGCCUAACACUUCAGUCCAUGUGUCUACUUCAGAAAGUGCUAAUUUUAUUCAAAACAGUGGCUCCUCUAGUCCUAAUUCUCUUUCACAUCCAAAGAAAAUUGUGAGCACUUCAGUUUCUGAUGAAGAUAAAAAUGAGUCAGCAGUGCCUCAAAGACCAAAAUCAGUUGGAAAAUGGAAUAAUUCUGCAGAAGCACACGCUGCUUUGUCAUCCUUUGAAGCAAUACUUGGAUCAUUAACAAGGACAAAAGAGAGCAUUAGUCGAGCAACCCGGAUGGCUAUUGAUUGUGCGAAGUUUGGUGUAUCUGCUAAGGUGAUGGAGAUUCUUGCUCGUAGUUUGGAAAGUGAGUCAAAUUUACAUAAAAGGGUGGAUUUAUUCUUUCUUGUGGAUUCAAUUGCGCAGUGCUCUCGAGGCUUAAAAGGCGAUGUUGGUGGCAUAUAUCCAUCUGCUAUUCAAACCAUGCUGCCACGCCUACUUUCAGCUGCUGCUCCCCUGGAAGUUUUGAGGCUUUGGCUAGAAAGAAGGAUUCUUUCAGAAUCCAUCAUUCGCCAUCAUAUGCGGGAACUUGAUUUGCUUGGGGGUACAUCUUCUGCUGGCCUAUAUUCUCGUCGCUCAGCAAGAACAGAAAGAUCUUUAGAUGAUCCUAUCAGAGACAUGGAGGGUAUGCUUGUGGAUGAAUACGGAAGCAAUUCAAGUUUCCAGCUUCCGGGAUUUUGUAUGCCCCGCAUGCUUAAGGAUGAAGAUGAUGGAAGUGAUUCUGAUGGAGGGUUUGAGGCUGUCACCCCGGAGCAUUAUUCUGAAGCCCCUGAAUAUCAAGAGAUAACUCCUGCAGUAGAGAAGCAUACACAUAUCUUGGAAGAUGUUGACGGUGAGCUUGAAAUGGAGGAUGUGGCCCCCUCUUGUGAAGUUGAAAUGAGUUCAACCAGUGGCAUUGGUGGAGGCGAUGCUGCACACAAUUCACACAAUCAGCUUGAACAGUGCUUAUCACAGGUCUUCGCCCCUCCUCUGCCACAGGAUGUGCCACCAUCAUCACCACCACUGCCAUCUUCACCACCACCACCUCCUCCUGCCGCACCCCAUUCAUGUGCAAUGCCAGAUCCUUAUACUAGCAAUGUUGAUUCAAAUAUUUAUGCUAAUUCACAUAAUUUGCAAGAUGACUUGAGACAAUCUGUGAGUCAGCAUUCUGUUGCAUCAAGAAUCAACCCCUCAAUGUCCAAUGCAGUGCAUUGUCAUACACCAGAAUGUAGAGAUCAGAUGGAGGUGCAACAUUGUGACUCAACCAGCUCCUUUAGCAGUUAUCCUGUACGUCAGUCGAAUAAUGCUCGUCGCUCUGAUGGUCUUAACUUCCAUCAUAAGGCAUAUCCUCCAAGGCCUCAACACCCUCCUCCAUCGAAUCAGUUCUCUUAUGUUCAGGCAAACCAACAUGUGAAGUCUCGAAGAGGGAUGCCACCCCCUUCCUACUCCCACAGAUUCCACCCUUCACAUAAUUUUGAUUGUGGAAACUUUUAUAAUAACCACGAAAGAAUGAGACCUGGCCCAUACGAGCUUAACGAUGGCUGGAGAUUUCCUGCAGCCCCCUUUCCUGGUCCAAGAUAUCCCGAUAAAGCCAAAGCUUCUUAUGCACCUGUUCCUUACGAUGGCCCUCCACGGGAGCCAACUAGAUUACCGCAUCAAGAGUGGGAUUUUCAUGCCCAGGGGAUGCAUCACAGAAACUUCAUGCCUUCUAGACCUCCUCCGGAAUGUGCAAUUCCAGUGGCAAAUAGAGCUCCAAGCAUUUGGCGGCCAAGAUGA